AUUACAAUUUAAUUUUUUUCUCUUUUAUAAAUAAUAUUAAUCUGUUGUCAUUAUUUCUUGUAUUGUACCAAUAAAUUUUUAUUAAUAACUAGCCAAUAACUCUUGUAAUUAAUGUGAGUAAUUUGAAUCCUUUUACGUUUUCAAUUUACUGGAGAAAUUAUAAUUAUAAUAUAAAAAAAUUUCUUUAAAUAUUGUCCGACUUGUUUAUAUUAUAAAAGUUUUAGAUCAUUGUUGUUGAAAUUAUUCAAUAGCUUUAAUAAAUUUUAGAUUAUAUAUUCGUUUUUUAAAAUGUUUAAAAACAGCAUUAGUAUUUAUUUGUUAAGUACGUAUUUAAUCACGAUUUUUAUAAAAAAUAAAAUGUUGGCAAUUAAUAAGGAAACUCGAAAAACAAAAGAAUGAUUCCAAUGUCAAGCUUUGUCAAGUUGUAAAGACUCUGAUCGAGGAAAAUAUCAUUAUAAAUAAGCAUAUAAACAAUGUUUCGAAAUACUUAUCAGAGCGGAUUUUUAUCUAUUUUAUAUAGCUGUGGCUCAGCUCCUCUAGAAUUAUGGGACAUGCAUGUAAAAAAUGGAUAUAUACGAAGAAUCACAGAUGAAGAGAUAAAUUCAUUGGCACUGGAAAUAGCCGGGACCAAUGUAGCUACGACUUAUAUUUAUUGCCCAGCAGAUCCAAAGAAAGUGUUGGGUAUUAAGCUGCCCUUUCUUAUCUUCAUUAUCAAGAAUAUGAAGAAGUAUUUCACGUUCGAGAUAACAAUAUUGGAUGAUAAGAAUAUGCGUAGGAGAUUCCGCGUGAGUAAUUUUCAAAGCACGACACGCAUUCGUCCGUUUUGCACAUCCAUGCCCAUUGGGCUUACAGGUGGAUGGAAUUCAAUUCAAUUUAACUUGCAUGAUUUUACACGACGAGCCUACGGUACAAAUUAUAUCGAAACCACUAGAAUACAGAUCCAUGCCAACUGCAGAAUCAGACGAAUUUAUUUCGCCGAUAGGCUUUAUUCAGAAGAUCAAUUACCGGAAGAUUUUAAGCUUUUCUUUCCGGUGGAUCGGAGAAAGUGCGUUAGAGAGGAAGAUGUCAUCAAAGUGGCGAAGAAACCAAGCUUGGUGCCUAAGGAAGUACCGUCAAUCGUGAAAGAACCGGAAGUAUCAGUGAAGGAGAUAAUCGAGCCGCUAAUAAUUCCGAAGGAGCCUGAUUUAAUCGAGGAAGCGUUACUAGAGGAAAAAGAGGAGCAGCUAAUUGUAGAGGAAGUUAAAGAAGAAAUAGAAGAAAAAGAAGAGCAAGAGGAGGAGAAAGAAGAGGAGGAGGAAGAGGAGGAGGAGGAAGAGGAAGAGGAGGAGGAAGAGGAGGAGGAAGAGGAAGAGAAGGAAGAGGAGAGAGAAGAGGAGAGAGAAGAAGAGAGAGAAAAAGAGGGGAAGGAGGAAGAAACUAAAGUUGAAGAGGCUGUAAUUUUUGACGAAGAAGAAGAAGCAAAACCUACAUACGUUACUUAUGAAGAUGAAGAUGAAAACGAAGAACAACCUACGCCGAAACUAGAAGAAACUGACACGAAGGACGAGGCUGAUUAAGUCAAAUUGUAUGUUCAAUAAACGUGUGUGUCUCAUAUAAUCUUGUA